AAGCCAAGCGAAAGCAACGGCAAAGCGGAGAGCCAAAGAAGGAAAAGAGGAAGAGGCGUCCAAACCAAACAAGCGUUUAUUUUAUACAUUGGCGUUUAUUCAGAGUGUGUUGCAAGCAUGUGCCGCUGAGCAGCGCAGCAGACAUGGAAUCAAUUGUUUUGCACUCGGAUGUGGCUCGCCUGGUAUUGGGUUACCUGGUCAAUCAGGAUCUGAAAAGGGCCGCUCACACACUGUGCCGCACAUCGCCGCAUUUGCGGCAGGAAUUCGUUGCCCUGAAGCAGGGCCUGCAGACGCACAACUUUCUCAAUGGCGGCCUGGAGGACAUCAUAUGCGAGCAUGUCAAGAUCACUGGACUGGUGGCUCAGACUGUGCAGAAGCUGCCGCUGGAAAUGCGCCAGCAGUUGCAACAGCUCAAGCUAUCCGAGCGUGUCUUUGAGCUGAUGAACAUGGAUCGCAGCAAGCCAGCAGCAGCAGCGGGAGCGGCAACCACCAGCACACCCAGCCAGGCCAGCAGCCACGCGCAACGCAAGAGGAGACGCAUACGCACACAAUCACCGGCAGCCUCCUCGCCAUCGCCCACGUUAAGCAAGCGUCCGCGGCUGCUGCCGCCCUACAUUUGCUGCAGUCUCAACCGCGAUAAGUCGCACAUAAGCAGCUUUCUGGCCAGCCAAGGGGACAACGACGACGAAGAGCAGCAGCAGCAGCAGCAGCAGGAGGAGGAUGAGGAGCAGGAGCUGGAGAGCAGCACAUCCAGCGAGGAUAUUGGAGAAGAGCAAAUGCCGCUGGAGCCGUGCAACAAUUCCACGCCACGUCAGAAGAACGACGAGCCCGAGCCCGAACCCGAACCCUAUGCCGAGGGCGAGGCGGAGCCCUUCCAGCUGAUGCUGACCCCACAAUCAAUGCCCGAGCUAACAACGGCCAUCAUCAAUAAUCCCGACUUCCGCGAGACUUUGGUCAACAACAUCAAUGUGGCACUGCAGACGGUGACGGUGAACAAUCCCACGGUUAGCUGUGAUGCCAUCCUGGAUGGCCUGGUGCGCAACAUACUGGAGGCCACCGAGAAGGAUCCCUCAUUCGAUCGCAUCAUCCAGGAGGUGGUCGGUGCCGAUGAUGUAGAGGAAGUAAGGGCAGCGGCAGCUGCAGCGGCAGCUCCUCCACCAGGGCCAGAGGCACAGCUACAGGCACAGGCAGAGAUUGAGCCAGAGCCAGAGCCACCACAAACGCCGCUAAUCAUACGCACUGCUGUGGCGGCCAAUGCCUGUGAUGAUCCCAACUUUUCCAUCUCCAAGCUGAUUGUCUUCAAUUCGAACGAGAGCGUCCAGAAGAUGGCCACCGCCACUGCGUCCACCAAUGUGAGCUUUGCCAGUGAGAAUCUAAACCUGAAUUUCGAUCCUGGGGCCAUCCUGAGCGAGGCAGAGGCCGCCGCCGCGGGUCAGGUGUGCGUGGACGCCACCACCGGACAGCUGACCUUUCCCAUGUUCUACUCGAACGGUGGCAUGCUGUCGCAUCUGCCGUUUCUGGUGAACAACGAGUGGGUGGCCCAGCAGCUGGGCCCGGAUGCCUUUGCCAAUGCCGAGGACUCGCACAUUGAGAUCUCCCUGCCGGAGCCCAUUACAUUUACGGCCGAUCAGCUGCCGCCCAAUGCGAUAAUCAUCAACAGCGCCCAAAAGCAGCCGCCCAGCCAGCUAAUCGAUGAAGUCCCCCCAGCAACGGAGGAAGAGAAGCAGCCACCAACAGCAGCAGCAGCAGCAGUAGUAGAAGAAGAGAGCAAUCAGCAGGAGGAGCAGCAGCAGCAGCAGCAGCAGGAGGAGGAGCAUCAUCUGGCAGGGCAAGCAGCUGCAAUCCCACCCGCCUCGCUGGACUCCUCCCGCACGGUCAUCGAACGGGCCACACCCUCCACAUCGGGCAUCAUCAAUGUGAAGGCCUACCGCAGUCUGUCGACGCCCCGCAAGCGCACCUCCCACGUCCGCACGCUGACAUUCUCCCCGAAAGUGCCGCACCACCCACUGCCACAGAAUCCCAGCAGCAGCAGCAACAGCAUCGCCAAUACACCGCUGUCCACACGCAGGCUGGGCAGGGCCAACGAGAAGCCCGUGAUCAAUAAUGUGGAAAUAAUACCAGCACUGCCCGGCCCGGCCCUGGCGCCCGUUUCCAUGUCCGAUGUGAGUGCCAAUGACACAUUGGGACAUGGCGUGCCGCCGCUGUUCGCGAUGGAAGAGUGCAGCAAUCAGACGGUGAUCAGGGCCUCAUCGGCCAAGAAAAUAAACAAACAAAAAGCAGCAGCAGCAGCAGCGGAAGCGGCAGCGGCAGCGCCACCUGCCAUGGCCGCUGUGACGCCGAAGCGUAAACAGAAACGUCAGGCGGCGGUGAAUGCCUGCAAGCGGAUCAUCGCCCAGGCACCCGCACUGGAGGCGGAACCCACGGCAUCGGCGGCGCCACCAAGCGAAACGGAUAUCGAGGGGCAGGUGGAGGCUGGAGCGACGCCCGCCAGCUGCUUGGAGGCCAAUGAUAGCGCCGAGGCCGGCAAGGAGAACCAACAGAAUCAGCCGCCGGAUGUGAGCGAAGCCGAUGCGGGCCAGGAUCUGCUGGCUGCCUGGCAGCGCCAGAUGAUUGGCUCCAGCAGCGAGCUGGAGAAUCGCUUGCGCGAGAUCAAUGCCAAGCAACAGGACGAGGCGCCCCCGUCCAGUGUGAAGCAAACACGCAAUCGCCGCAAGGUGACGCCCACCACCAGAAAGAAGAAGGAGCCACAGCCCAAGGCGAAGGCCAAGGCCAAGCCAGAGACCCAGCCCAAGGCCAGGGCCAAGCCGGAGCCCAAGGGCAGGCCCGGCAAAGCCAAGAAGCAGCAGCCAGAAACGGGCGGCGGUGGCGGCGGUGGUGUUAGCAUUAAGAUAACGACGCCCCAAAAGCCAAAGGCCAAGAAGGAUAAGAAGCAAGCAGCAGCCACUGAAGCCACAGAAGCAGCAGCUGCCACUGAAGCAGCUCCUGUCGUAGGGAAAGAGCCUGCAGAAGCUCCCUUCAUGCUAAAUCAGGAGGCCGAUGAAAUAGCCGCCAAUAUGGCCAUGCUGCUGGAUACGCCCUUCAAGCAGCCGCCCAUUGGCUCGCUGAGCAGCAUGGGCCCCGCACAUGGUGGCUCGCUGGGUGUGCCGCCCACGCCCGGUGGCAUGGCCAUACUGCCGCCGCUGGACACGCCCUAUGGCAAGCUGCCCACCAGCUCGUUUCUGUUCGGCUCGGACACAAAGAGCAUCAUGGACACGCCACAGAUGAGCGCCAUAACGCCCGGCUUCCGCAUGACACCAUUUGGCCAUGGGCCGGCGGGCACUCCGCUGGGCAGUGCCGCCAAAACGGAUUACUCGUCGGGCAGCAGCUACUAUCGGCCGGACGAGGCCGAGCAUACGGAUGCGAAUGCGCAGUGCGCCAUCCAUCAGCGUGAGGAUUGGGAGGAAACAAAAGCAGCAGCAGCAGCAGCAGCAGCCAGAACCAGCAACAGCAGCAGCAGCAGAUACAGAAACAGAACAGAAGCAGCCCCCAAGGAAGUUGUCGUGCAGGAAGAGCUUGAUCCGAAUGAUGAUGCAGUGCUCAGCUUCGUGGAGCUGUGCGCCGAGCGUCUGGCCAUCGAGCCGACUGUGCUGCGACGCGUGCGCUCCUUUGGCAGCGAUGCGGUGGACAGCAUCGAGGCGGCCACCGCCCUGUCCCUGGCACUAGAACAGCAAAUGGAGGCGCCACCGCCCCACUAUAAACUGAUGCCCGGCCUGCCCGAAUCCGUCGUGGAGGAGGCAUGCAGCAGCUCCAGUUCUUCCAGCUCCUCGUCCUCGUCCAGCUCCAGUUCGAGCUCCUCCAGCAGCUCAACGUCCUCCUCGGGCUCCUCUACAUCAUCGUCCUCGUCGCAGGGCAGCAGGAGGAGCCAGCAGCGGGCGAGCAACGGCGUUGCGGCUGACAGCCGGCAGGCAGUGGCAGUGGCAGUGCGACUCAGCCUGGACAAUCUGUCGAACAUCAGCAGCACCGAGGACGAGGAGUGGCUGAAGGCGGCAGCGAUGGCCCAGCCGCUGGCCGUUGAUAGCCAGCCGGGGCAGCUGGUCAGCCAGGACGGGGAGGUGCGGUACCCCAUUAGGAACUGGCUGACGCCCAGCAAGGAUCGCCCGCCACUUACGCAGCUUCUAGUGGCGCCUGCAGCCUCCCUUGUUGCACCCUCCGGUGCCGCAGUUAGUCCAACUCCUGUCAAUUCUCCACUGAGGACCAUCAAACUGACACUGCCGCCGCGCUCCGCCGAGAAGUUGAAUCAGCGACUGCAGCUGCAGCAGCAGCAACAGCAGCAGCAACAGUCGGAGCUGCAGCUGGAGCAGCCGUCCUCGUCCUCGAAGAUGAGCGACCAAAUGCAGCAGCUGCUGCUCGAGAAGCGGGAGCGCGUUGUGGCCAAGGUGAAGCAGCAUCCGCCAGCCAAGGCAGCGCCAAAGAAGACGAAGCCCAAGAAGCUGACAGCCAUGCGGGAGACGGCCCAGCAGGCAAAUCCGCCCGUACAAAAGAAGCCCAAAAACAUGACGACAAAGAAGAAGGCAGCAGCAGCAACAGCAGCAACAGCAGCUCCUGCAACCACAGCACACGAUCUCCCAACAUCUACACAAGAAGCCCCGCCCACGCCCACACAAUCGAUGCCUGAACGGAAUCUGGAUCCCCUGCUGUACGCACUGAAUCUGUCAGCCAAGAAGCAGGAGCCCUGGUCCUGCUCCUACUCGGGAGCAGCAGCAGCAGCAACAGCAGCAGCCAGUCCAGUGCCAAAGAUGCCCAAAUUGAGGGUGAAUGUGGCACGUAAAGUGAUGGAGAUUGCCGCACAGCCAGCGCCACAGAAACGCGGACGCCCCAAGAAGCCACAAAAUACGGAUCCGGCCAGGAUCACAACGCGACGUUCAUCGCGUUUGAUAGACAAUAAAACGCCCGCUCCAGAGGAUGUCGAGCCCAAAGAGACGCCAAAUGUCGAGCAAACGAAGCCAAAAAAAACCAAUGGCAAAGCGGCCAGCAAGAAGAACAAGUCAUCGGCGGCCAAGAAGCAGCCAGAGGGUAGAGUUGCUGCUGCUGCUGCUGCUGUUGCUGCCGCGGCUGUUCCCACACUGCCAAUGGUGGCCGAGGCACAGACCACACAGCCAUCGCCAGAGCUGCAGCAGCAGCAGCAGCAGGAGAUGCAGCUGGGGAUGGCCACGCGCGAAGACGAUGAGCACGAGGAGGAGGAGGAGGACGAUCUGGAUGCGGACUACGAGCUGGAUCUGUGCCUGAGCAGAAGCCGCGAGAGGCACACCUACAGCAUUGUCCAUGCGGAUGCGGGACCCAAGCGCAAGAGCCCGAAGCUAAGGCGUCGCUCGAACAGCUACUUCAAGAGCUACCACAUGCGCGUCAUGAUGGAGGACAACCAGAUACACACGAUGCGCAUGGCCAGUCCCAUAGUGUUUGGCCUGAGCAGCCGGCAGCCGGCGAUUAGCUCGAUCCGGAAUAUACCCAAGAAGCGGAUACGCCGCCUGACCAGCAGCAGUGGAGCCGUAGCUGCAGCAGCAGUGGCAGGAGCUGCCAUCAGUGGCAAGCCCAUGGCCACAUCCACGCCAGUGGCGGACAAGCUCGUUAGCUCUCGCAGCGAACCGAUGCAGCAGCAGCAGCAGGAUGAGAAUGAUCUGGAAGUGGCGGCCAUCAGCACCACAAGUCGCCACAACAGACGCAGCACAGAACAGCAGCAGCAGCAGAAGCAGAAGCAGCAGCAGCAGCAGCAGCAGCAGCAGCAGCAGGAAAAUCAAGUAAAUGAUGCCAUGGAAAUUGAGGAUAUCGAGUCUAUACUCUCACACUUGCAUGGCACUUGACUUGGUUUGCGCGUGCUGCUC